AUGGGGCAAAGAGAUGCAGAGAGGAAGCGGUUUUACCAGAACGUGAGCAUCUCUCAAGGGGAAGGAGGCUUUGAAAUAAACCUGGACCACCGGAAGCUGAAGACGCCCCAGGCCAAGCUCUUCACUGUCCCCAGUGAGGCCUUGGCCAUUGCGGUGGCAACGGAGUGGGACUCCCAGCAGGACACCAUCAAGUCCUACACCAUGCAUCUGACCACGCUGUGCAACACGGCCCUGGACAACCCCACGCAGCGGGACAAAGCACAGCUGAUCCGGGCAGCCGUGAAGUUCCUGGAGACAGACACUGUCUGCUAUCGUGUGGAGGAGCCACCUGCCCUGGCAGAGCUGCAGAGGAAUGAAUGGGAUCCUGUUGUUGCCUGGGCUGAGAAGAGGUACAAUGUGACAAUUGGCUCCUCAACCAGCAUCCUAGGGCCAAACAUCCCAGCCAGCACCAAGGAGACCUUUGUCAGCCACCUGGCAUCCUACAACAUGUGGGCCCUGCAAGGUAUAGAAUAUGUAAUCACCCAGCUGAAAUCUCUGAUUCUGUCCAUGGGCCUGAUUGACAGGCACAUCACAGUGGAGAAAGCUGUGCUGCUAUCUCGCUUGGAGGAGGAGUACCAGAUUCAGCGGUGGGGCAAUGUGGAGUGGGCCCACGACUACGACCUGUGCGAGCUACGUGCUCGUGCAGCUGCUGGGACUCUCUUUGUUCACCUCUGCUCAGAGAGCUCAACUGUCAAACACAAGCUGUUGCAGGACUGAGGCUGCUGAGCUGGAUGCAGGGGGAAAAUGUCCAGCUGUGAACUGCUGGUGUGACCCAGUGGACAGUGACCAUCCUCCUGCCACCACAUCCUUCCUGGGAUCAGCCUCAUGCUGAGGAGCUCAACUUUGUGGGCAACUCCUCUCCUGGGCUGCCUGCUGCAGUGCAGUGCCAGCAGUUCUGAGCCCACAAGGAGGAAAGGUCAAGGUGAGCUUCCUCUGCAUCCCCAAGACAGCAGCCCUGUCCAUUCCUGGUGUCUGUAACUCAUCCAAGGAGCUCCCAUGAAAGAAACGGCUUCCUGGGCAGGGCGCGGCACAGACAUACCCAGCAUAUGCCACAUGUCUUCAUAGCUGCCAGCUCCUGACACACACUUGUUAUGGAAAUCUGAAAACAGACUCUACUGCAUCUGUUCUUCAUCCCUCAGUGUGCCUGUGUGUAACACCAGGGUCUCUCUGCUUGAUUAAAGGCACACCCCUGUGAGAUGCUGAAAGCCAA